CCCGCCCCGCAUCCCGCCCGCGCCGCCGCGCCGCGUCCCGCCGGCCCCAAAUGGAUUAUCUGCGGCUGGUCCUCUCCUGCCUCGUCCCCCUCCACGGCUGCCUGGCCGCCGGCAGCGCCCCAGAGCUCCUCCUGGCCGGCAAACUCAGCGAGUAUGGUGUGAUCGUGCCCUUCAGCGCCGAUUGCCGGGGUCGCUUCCUCUCGCACGUGGUGUCCGGCGAGGCGGCGGUGGGCACCGGCCAAGCCACCUGUCCCCCAGUCCACCACCACCGCCGCCGCCGCCGCGUGCCCCGCAGCCCCCUGGAUGAGUCCCCCCAGCGCCGCUUGCUCUACUUCAAUGUCACAGUUUUCGGGAAGGAGCUGCACCUCCGGCUGAGGCCCAACCGGCGUCUGGUGCCGCCGGGCGCCGUGGCUGAAUGGCAGGAGGAUUUUGAGGUGCUUUUCCGGGAACCCCUCCAACAGCGCUGCCUCUUCACCGGUGACAUCUCCGGUAUGCCCGGUGCCGCCGUGGCCAUCAGCAACUGCGACGGACUGGCUGGCCUGAUUCGGACUGACAGCAACGAGUUCUUCAUCGAGCCCCUGGAGAGGGGGCAGCAGGAGAUGGAGGAGCACGGGAGGGCGCACGUGGUCUACCGCCGGUCGGCCAUCCGGCAGGAUGGCAUCGAGCCCCGCCAGGACCUCCACCCCGAAGUGCCCGGCGUGCGGGUGGGUGAUCUCCCCAACUCCCUGGAGCUGAUGACGGAGCGUCUGGGGGACGCGGAGCGCAAGAGGCGCCACGCCAGGAAGGACGACUACAACAUCGAGGUCUUGCUGGCGGUGGAUGACUCGGUCGUACGCUUCCACGGGAAGGAGCACGUCCAGAACUACGUCCUCACCCUCAUGAACAUAGUGGAUGAGAUUUAUCACGAUGAGUCCCUGGGCGUUCACAUCAACAUCGUGCUGGUCAGGAUGAUCAUGGUGGGAUACCGCCAGUCAGUCAGCCUGAUAGAGCGAGGGAACCCGUCUCGGAGCUUGGAGCAGGUCUGCCGCUGGGCUCACUCGCAGCAGCGCUCCGACCCGGAGCACGCUGAGUACCACGACCACGCUGUAUUCCUCACCAGGCAAGAUUUUGGUCCCGCAGGUAUGCAAGGCUACGCACCGGUGACGGGGAUGUGUCACCCGCUCCGCAGCUGCACCCUCAACCACGAAGACGGCUUCUCCUCGGCGUUCGUUGUCGCCCACGAGACCGGCCACGUGUUAGGCAUGGAGCAUGACGGCCAGGGCAACCGCUGCGCCGACGAGACCAGCAUGGGCAGCAUCAUGGCACCGCUGGUCCAGGCCGCCUUCCACCGCUACCACUGGUCCCGCUGCAGCAAGCAGGAGCUCAACCGCUACAUCCACUCCUACGACUGCCUCUUGGACGACCCCUUUGAGCACCAGUGGCCCACCUUGCCCGAGCUGCCGGGCAUUAACUACUCCAUGGACGAGCAGUGCCGCUUCGACUUCGGCGUGGGCUACAAAACAUGCACGGCGUUCCGCACCUUCGACCCCUGCAAGCAGCUUUGGUGCAGCCACCCGGACAACCCUUACUUCUGCAAGACCAAGAAGGGACCACCUUUGGAUGGGACCGAGUGCUCUCCAGGCAAGUGGUGCUUCAAGGGUCACUGCAUCUGGAAGACGUCGGAGCAGCCCUACAGCCAGGACGGCAGCUGGAGCUCCUGGUCCAAGUUCGGCUCGUGCUCCAGGACCUGCGGGGGAGGUGUGCGCUCUCGCAGCCGGAGCUGCGACAACCCACCCCCGGCAUACGGUGGGCGCCACUGCCCGGGAGCCACCUACGAGUAUCAGGUGUGCAACGCUGAGGAGUGCCCGGGGCCCUACCAGGAUUUCCGUGCCCAGCAGUGCUCCAAGCGCAACUCCUACUACACCCACCAGAACAGCAAGCACGCCUGGCUUCCCUAUGAGCAUCACGACGAUGCUCAGAAGUGUGAGCUGAUCUGCCAGUCUGAGGGAACGGGGGACGUGGUCUUCAUGAAUCAGGUGGUUCACGACGGUACCCGCUGCAGCUACCGAGACCCCUACAGCAUCUGCGUCCGCGGCGAGUGCGUGCAUGUCGGCUGUGACAAGGAGGUCGGCUCCCUGAAGCAGGACGACAAGUGCGGGGUCUGCGGCGGGGACAACUCCCACUGCCGGACGGUGAAGGGCACGCUGGCCAAGACCCCCAAGCAGCCGGGUGUUUUGAAGAUGUUUGAGAUUCCGGCUGGGGCGAGGCACCUUCAGAUAGAAGAGAUGGAGCCAGCAUCCCACAGCAUUGCUGUUAAGAAUCAAGCCACAGGUAACUUCAUCCUUAACGCCAAGGGCAAAGAAGCCAAAAGCCAAGUGUUCAUUGAGAUGGGCUUGGAGUGGGAAUACACCGUCGAACAUGGCAAGGAGAGCCUGAAAACCAGCGGUCCUCUGCAUGAGGCCAUCAGUGUUUUGGUCAUCCCUCAGGAGGAGGAGGCGAGGAGCAGCCUGAUGUACAGGUACAUCAUCCACGAAGACCUGCUGCCCAUGAUUGGAAACAACAAUGUCCUGCUUGAGGAGAUGGAUUCCUACGAGUGGGCCCUCAAGAGCUGGUCUCAGUGCUCCAAGGCGUGUGGAGGAGGCAUCCAGUACACCAAGUAUGGCUGCCGUCGGAAAAGCGACAACCGGAUGGUGCAUCGAAACUUCUGCGACAAUGGCAAGAAGCCGAAGCCGAUCCGGCGGCGCUGUAACCUCCAGGAGUGCUCCCAGCCAACGUGGGUGGCGGAGGAGUGGGGGGCCUGCAGCAAGUCCUGCGGCAAGCUGGGGGUGCAGGCGCGGGCGGUGCAGUGCGUGCAGCGCCUGCAGGACGGCACCAACCGCACCCUGCACACCAAGUACUGUCCCGGCCAGCGGCCCGAGACGCGCCGGCCCUGCAGUCGACUGCCCUGCCCCGCGCAGUGGAGGACGGGCGCCUGGUCCGAGUGCUCGGCGAGCUGCGGGGAAGGCGUCCAGCAGCGGCAGGUGGUUUGCAAAGGCAGCGAGAGCGGCGGGCGCUGCGAGGGCGACAAGCCGGAGACCGUGCAGGGCUGCCACGUGGCCCUCUGCCCGGGGAAGCUCUCCGGUGACCACAGCACGCCCAAAGGCCAGCGGGUGCCCCAGGACGGACCCAAAAACCCCGUUAGCAAGAUCUCCUCCCGGGAGCCGUGCCUCGGGGACAAGUCCAUCUUCUGCCAGAUGGAGGUCCUGGCCCGCUACUGCUCCAUCCCGGGCUACAACAAGCUCUGCUGCGAAUCCUGCGGCAAGAAAGCCUCCUCCACCACCGGCUCGCCCCCGGCCACCGGUGCUCCCCCGGGAUCCUCCUCUCCUAGCCCCGCUCCUCCGCUCUUCUCCAGCCCCACCGCCCCUGCCCGGGGGGGACGCGGUGGGGACCCCACCCUGGCUCCUCGGACUGAGCCAGCCGCCGGCGGAGGGAUGCCUGGCAGCGAUGCUUUCCCCAGGGGGCUGCCGGCCCUGAGCGAGCCGGGCAGGUAACCCGCUCAGGACCACCUCGCCGUGGGGCAGGGAACACCUCUCGCCUCCCUCUCCUCCUCUUCCCCUCUUUUUCCUCUUCCUCCCCCGCCUCCAAUUCCAGUGGUGUUCACGGGUGGCACUGCCGGGUUUGAAAACUACCUGGCUCACACAGAAAUUCCUGGGAAAACCACUUUUUUUCCCCCGUCAUGUUCCGCCCCCUCCCAGCCCUUCAAGCUGUGGCAUUUGUUUUUUUUUGACAACGCCACGGAAAAUAGGUGAAAAGAGGCGGGGGGGGGGGGAAGCGACAGCGGCUCAGCUACGGGUAACUCCCCGUGGGCUGUUUCCUUCCAAGGUGCUAAAAAGAUUUGGGGGAGGGCUUUAAUGUCGCUUUUUCCUUCUCCCUGCCCCAAGCAGCAACACAAGAUGCUGGAGAGGAGGGUGCCGGCUUGGUGGUUUGGAGCUUGGGGAGGAUAAUGGGAAUCUGGGGCUGGGGGGCAAGCAACCGGAGGGAGGUGGCAAAAAGCAGGGGGAAAUGUCGGGAAAUGCCCAAACUGCUGUCCCAGGCUGUCCCUGUUGGGGGAGAUGGUUUGGGAAACGUGUCUGGAGGUGGGAGAUGGAGCAUGAAGACUGCAGACCAGCUUCUGUCCUGCGUUGCAGGAUAGGCAGGGGAUGGUCCGGGCAACUUGGAGCAAUAACAAUCAGGUCAAAGACCAAAAAUACUUUGGAAAAAAAAAUGCCUGUCGCCCAGCAGUGACUUUGAGCCCUGGGCCAGCCUUGAGCUGAUACCGAUGCCCAGCCUCCCCCGGCGGCCAUGAGCCGCAUCCCUGCAUCCUUGUACCCAGUGCCUGUGGGGCAUCAACACCUUUGGGAGGGAAAUGGGGGUGUCUGGGAAGCUGGGGGUGGAUUUUAGGGGCGGUUGCAAAGACCGGAGAGAGGAAGAUUCAUCCACGUCCUUUUUAUGGCAUGUGGGGGGGGGGUGGGGGUGGUGAUUAACGCUGUUAAAAAAUAUUGUGCCAAGUACUAAACGUUAUGCACAGCACUUUAGGAGCCUGGGGCUGCUCGGUGUCGGGCCAGCUGCAGGCGCAGGGGCUGCUGGAGGAGCUGAUGGUCCUCAAAAGCUCCCCAGGAGCGGGGUCAGGCAGCCGGCCCUGUCCCUGAGGGGCGUCCCUGAGGGGGCUGCCCUGGUUUUGGUGCUUAGGGGUGUGUGGCCCCCCCACCCCAGGCUGAGGGCAUCCGGCACCUCCAGGUGGGGUGGGCAGGAGGAGGUGAGCUCCCCCUGGGGGAUGAGUGCUGGUAGGGAGCAGGUUUUGGGGAUGGAGAGGUGGAGUCCGGAGGAAGGUGAGGCUCGGCCGAUAGACCGGUUUGGCAUUGUGAAAUGGGAUCUCUUGGGAGCAUGUAUGUGGCAUGCAUGCAUCCGCUGGUGCUGACGGUGCUGCUUCCCUGGCCAUCUGAGGAGCAGGACGGGACAUCUCUAGGGGCAGUGCUUGGUGAGCUCUUCGGGUGCCUGGGUGGCUGGGGGUGCUCUGGAUGCCCGCGGGUUUUAGGGCACGCUGCUGUUGGAGCCUGGUGCUUUCAGUGCCCUGGGUGCCGGGGCAGAGCACCGCAUCCAUAGCACCCGUGUGGCUGCAAGGAACUGGAGGUCAGAGCGUCUCGGAGGAGCUCACAUCAGUGUGGAAGCUCCCCUCAGCCUUUGCUUGGCUUGCAGCAGGGGAGGGGUUGAAGGAAUGGAGGCCUCCAUGCAUUCCUGACGUUUUAAAGCAUUGGACUCCCCCUGCAAUACUCCCGUAACGGUACAAAAAAGGGCUGAAGAGAUGUGAAGAGGGCAGCUUGUGCCACCCUUCUGCCUCUGGAUCGCCGUCGAGUCAAGGCUGGAUGAGCGUUUUUCUGACUCCUCUUAAAAACACUUGAGGCUGGAGGUCCCUUGCCUGCGGCGUGAAGUGGGCUUCACAGAAGAUGGAACAAAAGCCAUGCGUCUGCCUGAUCCCAGCGACCAGCACCUGGGAGCGGAUGGAUGGAAGGAUGCCCACGAAACGCUGCGGCGGGAUACCCGGGUCCGGGGCGUGUGGGUGUCAGUACCCGCAGGAUGGACGAGAUGCUGGGGUUCUACCAGGGCAGGAUGCAUCAUCCCUCGGACCGCUGCCGCCACCGCCCUGCCCCUUGCCAGCCUGUCUGCCAGCACUGCCAUCUGCGGAAGAGCCAGCAGUUCCUUAUUGUGCCAAAGAUAACGCUUCCUUUACUCUUCCAGGAGCAUCUCUCCCCGGCGGUGCAGCGCGGGGUGGAAGGGAGGUGCCCUCUCCUGUCGCUGGGACAGCCCUGGGCUGGAGCAGGACUGAGCUUGCUUUGCCUUUUCCUACCCAAAGCGUGGUUUUUUUCUCCAGCUUUCAGCCCCCUGCCCCAUCGCCUCGGAGGCAUUGAAUUAAAACAAAACUUUCCCCCCUGAAAAAAAAAAAAACGGGCCAUGAUGUCUCCGGGGCGCAGUAUAAGUGCGUGCGUGCUCGCUCCUUCCUCCCCAGAUUCUUGGCGGCACCCACCCCUCCCUCCGGUUCUCUCCUGGGCGAUUAGUGCUUUUUAUUUUUUUUAUUUUUUUUUUUUUCCGUUAGGAAUAUUUGCGGUGGUUCCUUGCCGUACCUCGGAGGAGAGCUGCGUCUCCCGACCUGCCGACCCCCUUCCCACCCUGUCCCCGGGGUGGAGGGAGGGGACACACCGGGGCACGGGGGCUGCGCUGCAGGUGCUAACCCCUGCUCUAGCCCAGAGCGGCGGGCCACAUUCUUUAAAGCCAGGUGCUCCCAGCAGGGAUUCGGUCCUGUCCGCGGCUCAUCUGGUCCCCCCCCGGCACCCCCCUCGGGCCGGGCAGAUGCACCAUGUCAUUCCUGUGAUGUAACCGUGUCCAGUGUUACCCUGAUGUAUAAAGUUUUGUACAUACGAGAUUCAGAGC